AAAUGGCCGCUUACGGUGGAAGGCUGGUUUGUGUUUUCCGAUGUUUCCAGAUUGGAUUAUUAGUCACUGAUGGAAUAUACCUGAUAUUGUAAAAUAGCUCCCCUCUCACAAACAUAUAUUUAUAUAUAUAUAUAAAUAUAUAUUAGAAAUAACCAACAGAGAUGAACCGCCAUCAAGUUUUGACUGGCGCCUGUAAUUCAGGAGACCAAUGUUUUGCAGUUGGGAGCGUUGAAGGAAUACACUUUACGGCCUAUGCUGCUGGCUGCGAUAUAGCGAUUCUUGCCAGUGAUUUCCAAAGAGUUCAAGUCAUACCUGGUGUCACUCAUGGUAACAUCAAAGUUAGCUGUGUCGACUGUUCUACAGAUACUGGCAAGAUUGCAGCCUCUUACCAAAAUAAGGUCUAUAUAUUUGAACCAACACCUCUACUUCAACAUGAAAGCUCUCAUAAAUUGGACUACUGCUGGUACAAGACUGCCUCUUUUACCGCCGAAUGUUUCAUCCAUUCUCUGGCUUGGAACAUUGAUGGUUCCAAGCUUCUCCUUGGUGGUGAAACCAUUCAGAUCUGGCAGUUAUCAUCCCCUAUGCCCGAUGAUGAAUUCACCUCAGGAGUCCAGUUCUCUCUUGGAGAUACAGUUGGUGUUGACGAAGAAAAUUCACUACACGUGCCAGGUGCUCCUCCUGUUUCCAAAGCUGCUUCAGAAGUGGAACAGCCAGAAUGGAUCUGUGUGUGGCAGUACUGCUCAAAGAAUGAUAGAGUUGUGAAAAUUUGGUAUGAAGAUCGAAAAGUGUUGCUGCCUCUCUCACGACAAGAAGGCCAUCCAAGCCCUCGCAAAGAAGAAUUACAUUACUCUUUUGUGUACAUAUGCCAUCCACGAGCUGUGACAGGUUUUUCAUGGAGAAAGACAAGUAGAUAUAUGCCCAGAGGGGCAGUUGCUAACAUGUUAGUGACUUCUUGUAAAGAUAAUGUUUGCCGGAUUUGGUGUGAAACCAUUCUGCCAGACGAUGGCCUGGUUGAUCUAGACCAGUUUGAUCCUGUGGCCACACAAGACCCAAGAUAUCAUACUCGCAGACACAAGAAACGCUUCAUGCAGAGAUUAAAGACAAUCCGACAUGCCAUCAACAAGAGGAAGAAGCAACAGAAAUAUGGACCAGAAACAGUGAUGACCUCAACACAACUGAUUGGUACUCAGAGUGUUCAUGACUUCCACAAGUUUGGUAUCCACCACAAUGGAAUUGCUCCGGCAUUUCAUUUCCACUUGGCUGGAAGUGUCAAUCCAAAAACUGAUAUUCCCCUGUUACCAACUACGGGGAACUCAAACGAUCAGUUGUUCCACUUUCAACUGAACUGGUUGAACAACAAAGAACUGCAGUUCACAACAGAGGCAGAGAAGAUUCUCCAAGAAAUGCACAAACACACAAGCCUCAAUGAUGGUGGCAUGGAACUGAAUUCCUGGAUCAGCGACACAGCAGGUUCACAACAACGGAAUGGUGCAACUGAGGAACAUAACGACACAGACCCUGAUACUGGAUCUCAGCCUGAUGAAACGUCUGCUGGUACAAACCCAAGGAAGAAGAAAGCUACUAAACUAUUCCGUCGUAAACACAAACAGGCCAGCAGAAGUGUUGACAGCGGUUCUGAUACUUUGAGCAACUUUAGCUCUGAUUAUCUGGAUUCUAAUGAUGCCGCUGUUAAUGAAUAUGGAGCCCUGACUGACAUUGUUGAUCGUAAAAUCGAGAAUUUACUGCGAGACUGGCAUCAAAGUCCUGACAUGUUGUUUAGUGUCCAUCCACAAGAUGGAAGCUUUCUUGUUUGGCUUGUUGACUGGUUAGAUGAAUAUACAGCAUUCUGUUUCCGUCAAGCCCAAGUUAGUUUCUCUUGCCGAAUACCACAUGCAGUACCCAUUCUUGAUGCCCGGACAAUGUCGAGUAACAUAUUGUUAUAUUGUAAAUAUAGUAAGAUGGAUAUAAAGUCUGCAAUGAAACUGAGUGAGAGUGACCACAACAUGGAAGGGGGACAGAGAGGGCCCCUCUUAGAAUCGGCAGCACCAAUGGGCAAAAGCUCACCCGGACAAAGCGACAACAUGCUCAUACCAAAUGUACUCAUGAUCUCGAAACACCUCAACGGUAGCUUGAACCUGUGGCAGGUCAGUUUCUCUGAGACUUCGAAGUUCUCAACAGUGAUGAGUGUGGCACACAUAUCUCGUGCCUGUGGUCACCGCUUCCGUACAAACUCUGCCUCGUGCCACCCUGUGCUGCCGUUGCUUUUGACCACAUCACAUCACAACAUUCCUGAAGCAGACUCCCCCAACAACAACAAUUGUGGCGUGCUUGGCCAGUGUGACCGAACUAAGGAAGAAUCUACCAUCAAUGGCUGCCCUUCUGGUUUCGAGUUCUGCAGCGAACUUAUAUUAUGGAAAGUUGAUCCAGUUGGCCCUCUCUCCAAAUCAGGAGGUAUUGUAGAACUGGCCAGAAUCAACUCAGCUGAAAUUUCAGCUUUUUCUAAUGUUUCGUGGAUACCAACAUUACUUCCCAGUAAUACACUUGGUGGCUUCAGCAACUCACCUAGUGCCCUCUUUGUAGCAUCUGAUGGUGAAAGCCUACGAAUGUACCAAGCUGUCAUCGAUGCACGAUCGAUGUUGAUCGAAUCCCAUGUUCCAAAGAAAACCUGGCUGGAGAGUCAGUCCAGCAGUAUGGAUACCCAUGUAGAAGAGGAAGAAGAAACAACACAGACAUCAGUGAAUGAUAUUUUCAAUAUAGUCAGUCUACAGUCCACUGCCCACCCUGGCUGUAUCAUACAGCUUGAAAGUAUUGUCGAUGCUAAACAGGACUGGCAGGAGACUCAACUACUGCAUGUCUUUCAAGAACAGUUGCUCACUGGCAAAGUUCCUAUUGAUUCCACAAUGGAAAACUUGGAAGCUUUUGUAGAUCUUAGGAACUUGGCUUCAUUUGAAGAGCAUUUCUACUUGGUUCUUUUGGAAAAGUCUAAACAUGGUGGAUCAGUGCUACACAUGUGGAAGAUCACCAUUGCAUCUCACUCGGCAAAUGAAAGCAAGACUCCCAGCCACAUGGAACAACAGCACAGAGAACAAAGUUGUGUCAAUUCCUUUGAUGUCGACUCCAAUGAAGAAGAAGAAGAGGAAGAUUCUACUGGCGAACCAUUCAGCAAGUCACUUGUCAGUGUGAAAAUAUCUUAUUCCACAGCUAAGGUGUGUACUCAACAACUCCCGCUACCCAGCAAUGUCGAGGUGAUCUGUGCAACAACUGCAGCUGGCCAUCUAAGCUCUGCAUCAAUCUACCCUGCAUGUUUGGCCCCUUACCUCAUUGUAACGGCCUGUUCCAACAAAUCUGUAUAUUUUUGGCGCUGUGAAAUGGAAUCGGUGGAGCCAUACAUCUCUGUAGGCGGCAUCGACCCCCUCGACGACUAUCUGACUACCAGCAUCACCAGCUUUGAGAUGGCCAUCGACGACAGACGAGGCUUCAAUAAACCUACCUAUAAGACACAUGUCAAGUCUGUUGCCCUCAAUUCACGAUACCAGUGGCAACAGUGGUUCAUGAAUAAUCGGAUGAAAAAAUCAAGUUCUAUAUCAAUCCCAGGGAAACCCAUCACCGUCUGUUGUGCUUACAGUGGGAGAUUGGCUGUGGCAUAUCGCUUUGGUGGAAUACGCACCACAUUAGACCAACCUAACAAUGUGUUUGUCAACUUAUGUGUAGCAAUAUAUGAAUGUGAAUCAACAGGUGGGUCAGAAUGGUCUCUUGAAGACACUAUAGAAUUAAACAACAUAAGCAUUCCUGAUCCAAAGGCAGAAAUAGAUUUACACUUGAUAAUGAGUCCUGAAAAUAUUAGCAUUCCAGUGUUUCGCAUUGGAGAAGAGAGUUCUAUCUCCCCGUCCAGUUCUUUAGCCAACAUGUCUCGCACUAAAUCUGUUCCUAGUCUCUCGACUAUCCACAGCGUACGUAAGUCUAUUGCUGAGUAUGGAAACAAAACUGGCAUAUUGGUACAGAAACAUUUAGUACAACUAGACUGGGUCUCUACUGAAGACGGAUCCCACAUCUUGACUGUCGGUGUUGGCUCAAAGAUUCUCAUGUAUGCCCAGGUAUCUGAAGAAAUUGCCCAGAUCUCAAUGGGCAAACCUGCAAACACCCGCAAACGGCAAACCAAUCAUGCAAAACGAAUUCACAAAUCUAAAAGCAUUGUCGUGGACAACUACGAAGAAGAAAUUCGUUGGAUGAAACUCCGAUGUAUUGAACUCACCACAGCAGAUUGCUUACCUCCCCUUCCCAUGCAUAUGUCCUGGGUUCGAUCAGGUAUUCUUGUUGUGGCUAUGGAUAAUGAGGUCCAUGUCUACUCCCAGUGGCGAGGUUCUGCUGCUUGCUUUGACAACCAAAGCUUUGGUAAUUAUGAUGAGCCAGAUUGUGACAAACGAAGUUUGUCAGAUUUCAGUCUAUCUGCCAUCCCGAGUUCCUCUAUGCUCACUGCUAGCAAGUCCAUGCAGAAUUUCAAGUCAUCUUUAUCCAUAUCCAGUUUCAAGCAACUUCCAGGUGCACCACUUACCCCUGUCCACCCCAAGAAGAAAGAGCUGAGUAAGAGAGCUAGUUUGACUAAGAGUGAAAGCACUGCUAGUUUAACUUUAAUCACUGAUCUUGGUUUAUUUGAAGCUGCACGCCAGGCCAACCCUGUACUAGCACAGUACCACCCGAAGCAGUUGAUUGAACUCUUAAACUUUGGACGCAUCAAACGGGUGCGGGCCAUCCUCUCACACCUGGUCCGGUGCAUUGCUGUUAGCGAAGUCUAUCAAACAACGUAUAGUGAUGAAAUAGACGCUUCAGAAAACAAAAUGCAUUCUAUGCAUCGUCAAAGGGCAAAAUCAAUUGGUGCCAGCACUCCAAACGAAGCAGCUGGCAUUUGUGAAGAAGCAACACUUGACUACAUUGAAAUCACCUCGAUUCCACCUUUACCAAUUUAUGCUCUCCUUGCCGCUGACAAUGAUUCUGCUAUCGAUGCAGACAUUGUUGGUGCCGGUACUGGCACCGGCAAACCAGCUUCACAAGACUACACAGAUCUCUUUGAAAACAAUUUAGACGAUUCCGAUUCUGACACAGAUGUCUUUUCUAACACCUCUGAUGAUGGCAUCACAUCUAGACAAAGGUCCAACAGCAACAGGGCCCGUUUUAUGUCUAUGUCAGCACCAACACCCCAUCAGAUGCUCAACGUAUUUGGCCCAACGCAAUGUCAGUCUCUUGGUAAACACCUCACCCACAUGCUUCUACCGGGGCUCACGAACCUUGACCAAAUGUACCUCCUGGCUUUGGCAGACACCAUAUCAACGACCAGUACAGAUACCAGCACUUACAAUGCAAUGUCAUCAGACAACCAACAUACAGAUACCGAUAUAACUCCAACCAAUACAGAAUCUAUGGAUGAGUGUGGAAUCAAAUUUUUACUGGCAAUGCGGUUUCAUUCUUACCUGGCAAGGACACUGCCACCCCACCAGAGAAGACAGCUACAAAAAGAAGGACUGCGUUCCCACUACAUUGUUUGGGCCUUCCAUUCUGAAGCUACAGAGGAGCUGCUUGCAUGUAUCCCUAGUAUGAAAAAAGGUGAACCUACUUGGAGUGACUUGAAGCAAUAUGGUGCUGGUUGGUGGAUCACAAAUAUUAACCAGCUACGGAAAACCAUUGAGAAGGUAGCAAAAGCUGCAUUCCAAGCCAACAAAGAUCCAAUGGAUUCUGCAAUAUUUUAUCUUGCAAUGAAGAAAAAAGGCAUUUUGUGGGGUUUGUUCAGAUCAGUAAAUGACAAAAAGAUGAGUGAAUUUUUCCACAACAACUUCAACGAAGAACGUUGGCGGAAAGCUGCUUUAAAGAAUGCAUUUGCACUCCUCGGCCGUCAGCGAUUUCUUCAUGCAGCCGCUUUCUUCCUCCUUGGGAACUCAUUGUCUGAUGCAGUUGAGGUGUGUCUGGAUCGUUUGAAAGAUAUCCAGCUUGCAUUAGUUAUUUGCCGCUUAUAUGACGGUGCUGAUGGGCUACCAGAAAGUGCGAAAAAGAUUUUAUAUACCAAAAUACUUGGCUGUAAUGAAAAUGGUCAAAAUUACCUUCCUAGCAAAGCCCACCCUGAUCCGUUCCUUCGCAGCAUUGUAUUAUGGAUGUUGAAAGACCACGAAGGUGCCCUGCAGACCCUUCUCCAAACUGGGGUCGGAGCUGGACAUAUGCUUGAAGAGCAGGAUGACGGAGAGAAAUAUUUCUCCAGCCCCAGUGUAUUUAACUUCUACAAUUAUCUCCGAGCCCACCCACUCAUCAUUCGACAAAAUAAAGUUUCCAAAGCUGCCGAAAUGCCACUUGUUUCUCAAAGCACUCACAUUGGUAUUCGUGACAAGAAUGCCACCAUUGAUGAUUGCAUCACUCCUGUGGAACGCAGACUGUUUUUCACAACAGCUCAUGCGCAUUUCAAAAACGGUUGCCCACUUCUGGCGCUUGAGGUUCUCUCUAAACUACCUCCACUUGUAGACUAUGAAGAAGUUAUUGAAAUCGAAACUCCAGUUCAGUACCAAAUUUCCGAAAUAUUUGACCGCAGGUCAUCUUUGAAAACAGCUGUGGCACCAGCAGAUCUAAGUCAACCAACACAGUUCCAAGAUUCCGCCGAAAGCUAUGAUUGGAGUGAACCAGUCCAAACCUUGUCACAUCAGCGAUCUGUUGACUUCGACUGGGGCAUGCCAAUCACUUCAUUAAACACCGACUUUGAUGAGAAACUUGACCUCAUUCUUGAUGAGAAUUCAGAGAGGUCAGACAAUGAAUCCGAUUGUGCCACAAAAGGCAGCAGCCGCAAAAACUCUGUGCCGGUCAAAGAAGCUGAUGAUGAUUUGUCUUAUGAUAAGAAAGUCACUGAAGUCGACAUAAUGGCACAGCAGUAUAAGUUCAUUGCCUGCCUGAAGGUGAUGAUGGAGGAAUUACGGACGUUAGCAACUGGCUUUGAGGUCGAUGGUGGCCAAAUGCGCUACCAGUUGUAUAUUUGGUUGGAGAAGGAGGUGGAAUGUCUGCGAGUGUUAUGCAGCUAUGGUGGAGGCAAGUCGAACUCCCAAUAUUUGAUGGAUGGUGAUCUUGACAUUAGUCAGGAUUCAAACAACAUUGGCGAGGAAGCAAUUGGCAGUAUUAGGAGAGACUCUCGUCCAUCUUUGCACCAAAUCAUCCAUGCAGAAAAGAUGAAUUUCGAAGCAAAACUAUCAAGGGCUGCUCGUCGGAAACAGUGGCUGAAGGUCAAUCAACAACUUUUACGCACUCUUCUUAGCUACUGCAUUCUACAAGGUUCUGGAACUGGCGGUUUAGCAUCAGUUCAGAUGGAGUUGCUUCUUCUGCUGCAAGAACUGCAACAGGAACGCACCCAGCAACAGCUGCUCUCACCGUUGCCAUUCCCGACAACGCUACCUCUACUUUCUGCCAGUAUUGCCAGUUCAAAGACAGUCAUUGCUGAUCCAAUCCAAUAUUUGCAAAACCUAACUCAGGAUUUGUUGCACUCAAUCGUAGAGUUUUCUAUGCCACCCAGCCUCAAUUGCCAAACUAAUAUCGUGUGGAUGAUGCGCAACCUCAGCGUUGCUCUGUCUUCAUCCAUUUACCAAUGCUUGUGUGACAUAGAUAAUUCCAUGAUUAAUCAAAACCAAAGAACAGAGAUGGGUCUUGAAGGAUUUACUAGAGAAGAGACACGAAAAACUAUGCGACGUAAUUAUAAAAUGUCUAGAAGACAUUCUGGACAAUUCACCAGUCAUAACAUCUCUUGCCAAGCAAACAAUCUGAUGUCAGGAUUGAACCCCCAACGACGUCGUUUACCCAGUAGUGUAUGUGAAGAGGCUGUGAACACUUCACCUUCUAAGUGGCCAGGUGUGACAUCUCUACGUGUCCUAUUAGUUCGUGAGCGUGAUGAGGAAUCUCCAAGGUUAGAUGUACUCUUAUGUGAAUCAUUGGUGGCUGUCUACAUGUGUCUGCUCAUCAAUGGCCUAGCUACUUAUGAUGUCCACCUACUCUAUAGACUUGUAGCCCACAAGUUGGACAAGCAGACGUGGGCAGCACUGUUUGGAGGAGGUGUUAAGACUGUAAUCAAAAGAAAUUCUGUUCUUCUCCCCAAAGGUCCUGUGGAUGAUGCCGCUAAGCAUAGAAUGAAAGUUCAUAUGAAGGCAAUGGGUUCAGUAAGGAAAGAUGAGAGACAAACAUACGAAGAAAGAUUUGUGCCGCCGGAACUAAGUAUGAUCACUUACUUCAUGACAAAGCCAUUCCUGUCAACAUCCAAUUCCAUCAUCAGCUACGAUUCUGAUACAUCUCUGUCAGACGAAGAAGAGGAUGAUAUUGAGUCUCAAGAAGAAGAAGAUGACAAAAUAUGGACUUCAGGGAGACCAACAACACUCUGUCUUGCAGAACUUCCUGUCAGUUCUCCGUUGCUACAUGCUGUUCUGAAGAAUCUGGAACAAUGGGAGGAAGUGUUACAUAGCAAGCUAGAAUUGUUCUCUGGGCCACCAGACAAUUACAUUCCUCACUUGAUCCUGGAUGUUGAAACAGGAAUACCUCACACAAAAUAUGAGGCUUUACUCAAACCUCAUAACUCACCCUUCAUAAACCACCACUCAACCUUACCCUUGAAACGUCUCUGGUUUCUCAUUGUCAAAGAAGAAUACCUGAAGGAUGUGUUUAUUCGCUACAUCUUCCGGAAGAAAAGGUUUCUUGAAGAUACUGAGAUAACACUAAACUCAGGAGACAGCGAAAACUCUGAGAAGAGUUCAUCUUUGAUGAAAGUUAUUCACAAAGAACAAGAUAUCAUUACAGCAUUCGCUAUAAAUCAGGCCAAUCCCAACUGUUUGGCAUUGUCUACUCAGAAGGAAAUUGUGGAAUUAGAUAUUGGUGCCUUACUAAAUCCGCCAGCCUGGUUAGGUGAUGAGAAUGAGUACGACAUUGAGACCUUGAUCAAUACGACUGCUUAUGGAUACGAUGAAUCUGACUUCGUUUUGGUUCAGACGCCGUUCGACCAGCUUCCCAAUACCGCUGUAUCCACUCCUGGCACACCAAUGUCUUAUAACUCGGCCAACACUGCAAUACCAAACAUACAACAAUACAACUCAACUAAUCGGGCUAAUGUUAUCAAAGGAAUUAAUCUGUCAGGGCUUGGAACCCCCCAGUUCUGUCAGUUUGUCCGCGAUAGAAGUAGACGCUUGCUACAGUCGAUAAUUCAGAGAAAUGUCACUGGUGUCAGAAGAAUUGGAGCUCACCCCCAUCUACCUCACUAUCUGACCGGGAGCACUGAUGGCAGUGUCCGCAUGUGGGAGUGGGGCCAUCACCAGCCAUUGUCUCUGCUACGACAGCCUGGCUGUUUCUCAAAGGUCACCCGUACCCUGUUCAAUGCCCAAGGUAAUAAGUGUUGUGUCAGCGACGCUGAGGGAUCAGUGUGCCUCUGGCAAGUUGGUAUUGGAAGCAAUUUCAAUAAACCAAUUAUGAGUUUACAAUGUCAUAACAAAACAACCAGUGAUUUUACCUUUGUUGGUUCCUGCAGUCUUAUUGCAACAGCUGGCCAUUCUUCAGAGAGUAAAAAUGUUUGUCUUUGGGACACCUUGCUACCAACACGAAGUGCCCUUGUCCAUCCAUUUACCUGUCAUGAACACGGAAGCCCAGCAAUUGUCUAUGCUCCACAGCAUCAACUCAUUAUCAGUGGCGGCAGAAAGGGAGAAAUUUGUUUAUUCGAUAUGAGACAGAGAUUAAUGCGACACACCUUCCAAGCCCAUGAAUCCCCAAUCAAAAGUCUGGCCCUGGAUCCAGAAGAGAGGUUCUUUGUGACAGGUUCUGCUGAAGGAGACAUCAAGGUAUGACAUAUGUACAUAUAUUAU